AUGUUCAUUUUCCCAACCAAAACAUUCCUGGCAGCCCUUUGCUCUUUUCUUCUUUCUUUCCAAUGGCCUCUGCUCUAUAAGGCGAUUGGCCAAAGGCAGCUCAACAAUUUGAAGGUUAUGAAAAAAAAUAGUUCCGUAAUCACCACUCGCGUCGCUGUACACCCUCUUUGGAAUUUUUCGACAGAAUCCUUUGAACGAUUUUGGCUGUUUGGACAGACAUGUAGAGGGCCAGAGCUGACUAGAUUCUUUUUUCAUUUAGCCGACAUUGGUCUGUCUGUUUACCAUUUCAGGAAAAACUGUGAUUACUUUAUAAACAGAAAUAGAAUAAAAAAACAUAAAUUUGAAAAUUUUGAGAAAACCGAAGAACUCUUCAUCAUGCCUGAUUCUUGUAUUGCUUGUGGCAAUAAAAGAACAAAAGGAGGACUUAUUUUUUUUCAAUUUCCCAAGGAUCCCAUAAGAAGGACAGAAUGGGAACAGAAAAUGGGCAGGGGAUGGAAAUCCUCAAAGUACUCCUUUUUGUGUGAGGUGAGAAAUAAUAUAUUCAGAAAUUUUUAA